GGGUGAUUGUUAUUACUUUUUGUUUUCACGUUUCUCUUGUGAUUAUUGGCUUCAAAGAUGGUGUCUCGUUGGUUUUGAUAGAUUGGUUAAAGGCUCGGAGUGGUCAUAGGACUACUUAGUAACUAGGUUGGUUUAAGGGGCAAAUGGGCAUUUUUCUUUUUGCCUGUUGUGUGACAAGAUCGUGACUUUGUGUUUUGGUCACCAGGUGUUUGAUAAAAUGUUUGACUGACAAUUGCAAUAUGUUAUUGCUUUGAUGCGAAGAAAGUUUGUUGCCAAUGCAAAUUCCAGUUUGGUUGGUUUGUUUUUGUUGAUAGUGGUUUUUUUUUGUCCGGUAAAAUGUUUAGCUAUGAUCAGUGCUUAUGUGGUAUUUGGUUUAUUGCAUAAGUUUGCGAGCUGUCACCUUUUCCAUUUUGUGGUUUGAAUUAUAGUAUUGGUUUUGUUCAUGUGAGAACUAUGUUGCACGGGUAUGGGGAUUGGGUGGUUGUAUGCUGUAAUUCUGAAAUUGUUGAUUCCGUUUAAAGUUGUUGUCCUUUCCGUGAGAGGUAUGUGGUAAGAAGAAAGCUUUCAGUUUCUCAGGAAAAACACAGAGGCUUUGGGUUGUUGUAUUGUAGGUGUUUCAAUUUCAGUCACAGAGGCUCUGUGCCUUUUCAUCCUCGUCCCUCUCUUUCUAUCUCUCUCUCUAAGGCUUUGGCAUGGAUUGCUUUUAGUCUGUCCUUUAGUAUUGAUGUGGAAAAGCUGUGUUAGCUACCUGCAGAGUUUUUUCUUGUGCUAAUUUUAGUUUAUUUUUACAAAUUUUUUUAGUGGAGUUAGGGUUUCGUUUUUUGAAUAUUUUGAGUGACAUUUGAAUUGCUACUGGCAUCCUUCAGAACUUUGGCCAUAUUGGAUGCAAUGCUUCACUGGGGAAAAUCUUGUUUUUACACAUGAUGCUGUGUAAGGCUGAACCCUUUUUCUGGGUCUUGUAGUGAUUUCUUCUUUUGGAUAGAAAACACAGGUUUCUGAUUGGAGAAUGAACACAAUUUUUAUGCAUUUCAACAAAACAGCCAAGUGCCUAAAUCUCAUUUCUGGUGAUCUCAGAUCACUCUGGCUUCAAUUCUGCCCAGUCUGGUGAAGACAGUCGAAACUUAAAACGACCUUAGAAAGACACCAACACAAUCCUGUAUUCCAUAGGCUGUAGCAAGCUUCAGCUAGUUAAGAGGGGAUUUAGGGUUCCAGGAAACAUGUUGAAACAAGCAAUUGGCAGAACUUGCAGAACCAGUGCUCAUGCUUUUGAAGGAAACAGAGUUUUGCCUUGGAUAUAUGUGCCUUCGUGCUUUUUCCACAAUGGACAGGCACAUAUGGCACCUAGAAGCUUUUUUGGGGUAGAGGAUUUCCUCGAUGAUGACAAUAGUCGACCUUACACAUACCAAAAAGGGAAGAAAUCAAAGAAUCCAAACAAGCACAUAUCUUUCAAACAAAGAACGAUUGCGUACAUGGAGCCGUUUACACUUGAUGUGUUUAUCUCAAAACGCUUUGUAUCAGCUUCACUCACUCAUAGGGUGACAAGCAAACAGGUUGCAGUUGCUGGUACCAACUCCAAGGACAUAAAAGCUGUUCUUAGGUCUCGGUCAGACAUACCAGCAUGCAUAUCCAUCGGCAAGAUUUUAUCUGAAAGAGCAAGAGAAGCUGAUGUUUACACUGCUUCCUACACUCCAAGGGAAAGGGACAAGUUUGAAGGGAAAAUCAGAGCUGUAGUUCAAUCACUCAUUGAUAAUGGGAUUGAUAUCAAGGUUUACCUUGAUUGAGUUGAGUAGUAACUCAAGAUUUUGUGGCUAUCAAUUUGAUAUCAAUUGGUGAUUACUGGUUUGGUUUUGUGGCUAGUUAGUUACCAUAUGCUGCUUUGAUGGAUAGGAAGAUGGAGAAGCAUUGUUUAGGGCUAGUAAUUUGGGGAAAUUAUGCAUGAACAAAGAAAGAUCUUUCAAACUCGUGCAUGCAAUAUGAUAACUCCUGAUUUCACUGUAA